AUGUCGUCUCGACCCGAAGUUUACAUUCCGGGUCAUGUUUGGGACUCGCAGAAUCCUAGUGAACGGUAUGCUUCCGUUGGGGAUCUAUGUGCACAUAUAGGUGAUCAACUUCCAAUCCACCUUGUUAAAUGGAUUGCGAGGGAUGUCCUUCGAGGAUUAGCAAAUUUACAUGAGUCGAGGGGAAAGGCUCACGGUGACCUCAGUCAGGACUGCAUCCUGAUAUCCCCACAAGACAUGAAAAUGUUAAUAUCUCAGUUUUACUACGCUGAUGCGCAAUCCCAGCAUACAAUGCCUCAGUCUUCCGAAAUGUCGCAUACUGAAACGCACCCAAUCCUUUUCAACAUGGACACAGUGGUCGUUCCUGCCGCUCCUAGUUCCACACUCGCUUUCAAACCGAUUGUGUUCAGACUAUGUUAUCCAGAGGUCGAUAGACCUCGACAUAAUCCCUUCUGUGAUAGUUUUGGUAUGCGCCCUCCAGAAGCGCUUCUGGACGCUCCUCAAGGAAUCAGCGCGGACAUAUGGACUCUAGCUUGUGUCCUAUAUGAACUCAUCACUGGCGAAAGCUUGAUCGAUCCGUUCUUCCAAACUCUCGAGCUAGGCCUUACACCAGAAGAGUCGCACCUGAUUCAAAUCAUCGAAAUUUGUGGCGAAUUUCCAAGAGACGUUACAAAAUCGGGUGCGAAUGGUUGCAAGUGGUUUCAUGAUGAUGGUACCAUACGUCUCGAGACGACAUACUAUCCUGUCACACUAAAAGAUAUCCUUCACUCAAGGAUCGAACCAUCGGAAAUUACGCAUACUGCUGACCUACUAAGAUCGAUGCUGAGGCUGCGUCCACAGGAGCGUGCUAAAGCUGUGGACUUACUAAAUCAUCCUUGGUUUCAUGAUGUAGUAGAUGAACGAGAUUGA